UGUUCCAAAGCAGCUUUGUUGUGAAGAGAAGCCAGUCUGAACCAUAAGCAGCGGCACAUUUAAUGCCAAUAUAAAUCUAGCGGUUAGAGAGUGUAGCGAGGUUAGUUGGUUAACCAGCUAAACUGACGUUAUACAUGGACCACUGCUAGAUCUUUAUUAAGCGUUGUACGGGAAAUCAAAGAUUAGGGUGACGUUAGCUAAAUUGACGUUAGCUACUUAGCUUGCCUGGCAACGUGUUUGCUAGUCAAAGAUUGGUCGUCGCACAUUUUUCUCUGAAACUGUAGUCUUAUCAGAAGACACGUUGACGACCACAGUGCAAGACACGAAGACUGAGGAGAUGGCGACCUCAGUGGGAAACGUGGCUGACAGCACAGAACCGACAAAACGUAUGCUUUCCUUCCAAGGGUUGGCUGAACUGGCGCACCGGGAGUAUCAGUCCGGGGACUUUGAGGCAGCUGAGCGACACUGCAUGCAGCUAUGGAGACAGGAGCCUGAUAACACAGGCGUGCUGCUGCUCCUGUCCUCCAUCCACUUCCAGUGCCGAAGACUCGACAGGUCUGCUCACUUCAGCACCUUGGCCAUCAAACAGAACCCAAUGUUGGCGGAGGCCUACUCCAAUCUGGGGAACGUCUACAAGGAGCGUGGACAACUGCAGGAGGCCAUAGAGCAUUAUCGCCAUGCUCUGAGACUGAAACCAGAUUUUAUUGAUGGAUACAUCAACUUGGCAGCUGCUUUGGUGGCUGCAGGGGACAUGGAGGGAGCAGUGCAGGCUUAUGUGUCUGCUUUACAGUACAACCCUGAUCUUUAUUGUGUGCGUAGUGACUUGGGCAACUUGCUUAAAGCCCUUGGGCGCUUGGAAGAGGCUAAGGCUUGUUACCUGAAAGCCAUUGAGACUCAGCCCAACUUUGCAGUGGCUUGGAGCAACCUGGGCUGUGUGUUCAAUGCCCAAGGAGAGAUAUGGCUGGCCAUACACCAUUUUGAAAAGGCAGUGACUCUGGACCCAAAUUUCCUAGACGCAUACAUCAAUUUAGGAAAUGUUUUGAAGGAAGCCCGCAUCUUUGACCGAGCUGUGGCUGGAUACCUAAGAGCCCUGAGUCUUAGCCCCAACCAUGCGGUUGUCCAUGGAAACCUGGCUUGUGUCUACUACGAGCAAGGCCUCAUUGACCUGGCUAUCGACACCUACCGUCGUGCUAUUGAAUUGCAGCCCCACUUCCCCGAUGCCUACUGCAAUUUGGCAAAUGCUCUGAAGGAGAAAGGCAAUGUGUCUGAAGCAGAAGAGUGCUACAACACAGCCUUGCGUUUGUGUCCAACCCAUGCAGACUCUCUUAACAACUUGGCCAAUAUAAAGCGUGAGCAGGGCAACAUUGAGGAGGCCGUCCAGCUCUAUAGGAAAGCACUAGAGGUGUUUCCGGAGUUUGCAGCAGCUCACUCUAACCUUGCUAGUGUCCUCCAGCAACAGGGAAAACUCCAGGAGGCCCUUAUGCACUACAAGGAGGCCAUCAGAAUCAGCCCCACAUUUGCUGAUGCCUACUCAAACAUGGGCAAUACACUGAAGGAAAUGCAAGAUGUACAGGGAGCGCUGCAAUGCUACACCCGUGCCAUCCAGAUCAACCCUGCCUUUGCUGAUGCUCACAGCAAUUUGGCCUCUAUCCACAAGGAUUCUGGAAACAUCCCAGAGGCCAUUGCAUCUUACCGCACAGCCUUGAAACUCAAGCCGGACUUCCCUGAUGCUUACUGCAAUUUGGCACAUUGCCUACAGAUUGUGUGUGACUGGACAGAUUAUGACGAGCGGAUGAAGAAGCUUGUGAGCAUUGUGGCUGACCAGCUGGAUAAGAACCGCUUGCCUUCAGUGCACCCACACCACAGCAUGCUGUAUCCACUCUCUCACGGAUUCCGCAAAGCCAUUGCUGAACGCCAUGGAAACCUUUGCCUGGACAAGGUACACGCACUGAUCAAAAUCAAUGCACUGCACAAACCUGCUUUUGAGCAUCCGAAGGAUCUGAAGGCCAGCGGUGGACGUCUGCGUGUUGGCUACGUCAGCUCUGACUUUGGCAACCAUCCUACUUCCCAUCUGAUGCAGUCCAUUCCUGGAAUGCACAAUCCUGAGAAAUUUGAGGUUUUCUGCUAUGCGCUGAGCCCUGAUGAUAGUACCAACUUUCGUGUGAAAGUGGUAGCUGAGGCUCAUCAUUUCACAGACCUCUCACAGAUUCCUUGCAAUGGCAAGGCAGCUGAUCGUAUUCACCAGGAUGGAGUCCACAUUCUGGUCAACAUGAACGGAUACACCAAGGGAGCCCGAAAUGAGCUGUUUGCCCUCCGCCCUGCCCCGAUUCAGACUAUGUGGCUGGGUUACCCUGGAACCAGUGGGGCUCCCUUCAUGGACUACAUCAUCUCUGACAAGGAGACAUCCCCUUUGGAAGUAGCUGAGCAGUAUUCAGAAAAACUGGCUUACAUGCCCCAUACUUUCUUUAUCGGAGACCACGCCAACAUGUUCCCUCACCUCAAGAAAAAGGCAGUGAUUGAUUUCAAAUCUAAUGGACACAUCUUUGACAACCGCAUCGUGCUUAAUGGUAUUGAUCUGAAGGCCUACUUGGACAGUCUGCCGGAUGUGAAAGUGAUAAAGAUGAAGUGUGACAACAACCAGGAAGCUGCUGGGGACACAAAUGGAGCUCUGACCAUGCCCGUAAUCCCCAUGAACACAGCAGCCGAAGCCAUCAUCAACAUGAUCAACCAAGGCCAAAUCCAGGUCACAAUCAAUGGCUUCACUGUCAGCAAUGGCCUGGCCACCACACAGAUCAACAACAAAGCUGCCACUGGGGAGGAGGUGCCACGCACAAUCGUUGUGACAACCCGCUCCCAGUAUGGUCUCCCAGAGGACUCCAUUGUCUACUGCAACUUUAACCAGCUCUACAAGAUUGACCCCCCUACUCUUCAGAUGUGGGCUAAUAUCCUAAAGCGUGUGCCCAACAGCGUUCUGUGGCUUCUCCGCUUCCCUGCUGUCGGCGAGCCCAACAUCCAGCAGUAUGCCCAGAACAUGGGUGUGCCUGGCUCUCGCAUCAUCUUUUCUCCUGUGGCCCCCAAGGAGGAGCAUGUGAGGAGGGGCCAGCUGGCUGAUGUGUGCCUCGACACACCUCUGUGCAAUGGUCACACCACAGGCAUGGAUGUUCUCUGGGCUGGAACACCCAUGGUCACCAUGCCAGGUGAGACCCUUGCCUCCCGCGUGGCUGCCUCACAACUCAACUGUCUGGGCUGCCCUGAGCUAAUAGCCCAGAGUCGUCAGGAUUAUGAGGACAUAGCAGUCAAACUGGGCUCUGACAUGGAAUACCUGAAGAUGGUUAGAGCACGUGUUUGGAAACAGCGAAUCUGCAGCCCUCUUUUCAACACCAAGCAGUACACAAUUGAUCUGGAGAGGCUCUAUCUGCAGAUGUGGGAGCACUAUAGCAAUGGCAAAAAGCCAGAACCUCUGGUCAAAAUCCACUCGGUAGAGACCAGCGAGAGUGCCUGAACAGGAAGCACGAUGAUUUAUUUUCCCUUGGACCCCAAACAUUCCCCCUCCCCGCCUUUUUUGUUUUGUUUUUCUUUUUACCAUUGUCAGCACCCCUACUUGGAAUGGUCAGUGUCCACUCCAGCCCUGUCCUUAAGUGAUUGUCUCCAUCACACUCAUUUACUAAUAAUGGGACUCUUUUGUAAAAGAGCCAACAGAUGUACACAUUUUCCCCCAUCACAUCUGUUGUUUCAUCACACCUCUGCAUUCCUGAGCCAGAUGGAGCCUGAGACUUUCAGGCACCUCAUCUGAGACUCUUGUCCUAAAACACAGUAUAUCUGGUGAGCAUGAGAGGAUUGUGAAUGCCCUGCUACCCCUUCAGUACUUGGAUCCAUGGAUUUAUUUUUUUUCUCCUGUCGGUGUGCGUGCAGGACUAACUGCAGCUUGUGGAGAGAAUGCCCAGCCGUCAGUACUUGUUGAUCUAUUUAUAAAUGGAUUGAGAGUGUUGUUUCAAAAGGACAAUGUUGCGGCAUGGAAAUUGUAACUGACUUAAGUUUCAUCAGCUUUAAAUUACAAUUGUAAAACUUAGAUUUCAACUGCUCUUUAGUUUGUCUUAAGCUGUUAUUAAAUUACUGCAAUGAAUAGAUGUUAAAGUUUUGAGGAAUAUGGUCUAGAUGAAUACUUCUUCCCAUCGCCAGAUGCCAACUUUUAUUAAUUUUGUGGGAAUUUAUUAAGGAAUAUGUUCAGUGGCUGCUGUCCUGUUUGAUGUCACACAUUGCUUGUAAAGAUGAUUAGACAAAACUGGACAAAGGAGCUUCAAUUCAUUGGAAAAGGCCUAAUUUUCAGUUUACAUGACAGAGCUGUUCACAAAUUGAUCUUGUUUUUUAAUCACUGAAACCAGGAAUGGCCUAGGUAAGUAUUUUCUAAGGGUUUUUUGUUUUUGUAUUGUCCGUCAACUGCUUUCAAUGAUGCCGCGAGGUUCUAAAUAUAAUUUAAAAAAAAUAAAGGGAUGGCAAAACUCUG